GGGGCGCCAAUGAAAUGACUCAGUGGCCGCCAACACCCAAUCGGCAAGAGGCAGGGCUCACAGCUGACCUAUGGGAGCGCGCCGGGGGUGGGCUGUUCAGGUCCCUUUCGCGACCCGGUUAGGUUUGUUAAAGCGACAGGCGCCGCGGCGAGCCGGUGCUUCACCGGGCACGGCACAGCGGCCCCGGCGGCCCUCGGCGAGCGGCGGGCGCCCGUGACAGCGGCCCCGCGGUGCUCGCGAUCCCGGCUGCGGGCCUCCGCCGACCUCGGACGCGGGGCCCGGCCACCCGGCGGCAUGGGCGGCGAAGCGGGGUCCGCGGCGGCCGUGGGCGCCGAGGGCCGCGUCAAGAGCUUGGGACUGGUGUUCGAGGACGAACGCAAAGGCUGCUACUCGAGCGGCGAGACGGUGGCCGGGCACGUGCUGCUGGAGGCGGCCGCGCCGCUGACCCUGAGCGCGCUGCGUCUGGAGGCCCAGGGCCGGGCCACCGCCGCCUGGGGUCAGGGCAGCGGCGCCGCGCCGGCAGCCUCCUCCGAGGUCGAGUACCUGAACGUGCGCCUCAGCCUGCGCGAGCCCCCGGCCGGUGAAGGGGUCAUCUUGCUGCCGCCUGGAAAACAUGAAUUUCCGUUUCGCUUUCAACUUCCAUCUGAACCUCUAGUAACCUCGUUCACCGGGAAAUACGGGGGCAUUGAGUACUGUGUGCGAGCCAUCCUGGAGCGCCCCAAGGUGCCGGAGCAGAGCGUGAGACGGGAGCUGCAGGUCGUCAGCCGUGUGGAUGUCAACACGCCAGCACUGCUUACCCCUGUAUUGAAAACUCAAGAGAAAAUGGUUGGCUGUUGGUUUUUCACUUCUGGUCCAGUCUCGCUGAGUGCCAAAAUUGAAAGAAAGGGAUACUGUAACGGUGAAGCUAUCCCAAUCUACGCAGAAAUAGAGAACUGUUCCUCUCGUCUGAUUGUUCCCAAAGCUGCCAUUUUCCAAACCCAGACCUAUUUGGCUAGUGGGAAAACAAAGACCAUCCGUCACAUGGUCGCCAACGUGCGAGGGAACCACAUUGCCUCUGGUAGCACCGACACGUGGAACGGCAAGACCCUGAAAAUCCCCCCGGUCACUCCGUCCAUCCUGGACUGCUGCAUCAUCAGAGUGGACUACUCCUUGGCUGUGUACAUUCACAUCCCCGGGGCCAAGAAGCUGAUGCUGGAGCUGCCGCUGGUGAUCGGCACGGUCCCGUACAGCGGCUUUGGCAGCAGGAACUCCAGCGUGGCCAGCCAGUUCAGCGUGGACAUGAGCUGGUUAACACUCACCCUGCCGGAGCAACCUGAAGCACCACCGAAUUAUGUGGAUGUGGUGUCCGAGGAGGAGUUUUCCAGACACACCCCUCUCUACCCUCAGCCCCCCAGCUGCCUGGAAGAAGCCUGCUACCCCAUGUUCGCCUGCAUACAAGAAUUCCGGUUUCAACCGCCACCUCUUUAUUCAGAGGUCGAUCCGCACCCCAGUGAUGUUGAAGAGACACAGCCUGUCUCCUUCAUUCUCUGAAUGUGUUCUGGAAAUCACUGUGUCCGUCAUCGCAGCACAAUUUUUUCUUUCUUCCUGCCCUUUUGGGGUGGGAGUGGGGUUUAACUUAAGAUCACAAAUGGAUAUAAAGACUGGAGGCCGUAGAAAAUAAACAAGCAAGAGAGCUUCCCAGUGGAGCAGGGUGA